AUGUCACUACGCUCCAAAACUGGUGAUACAAGUACACUGUCUCGUCUAAAUGAUACUGUGCUUAAAACCUCUUAUUCAAGUCUCCAAUGUUUGAUGUUCCGGACCAGUUCCGCAUGCUUCUUUAUCAUGGGCUCGGCUACUAAUUUGACAUAUCGUGUCAUUUCAGUGAUGGGGGGUCUCCAGGAUGGAUUACCUAAUGUCUUUCCAGGUUUGCACAUCACAUGUCUUGGACGAUACGACACAUCACUCUCCUUUAAUGCAAUCUUGUCCCUGCGUUGGGUGGUUUACUCUAGAACUUCUUUAUACUCUAUUUCAUGUCUACUGAACCGGUUGAAUAUGUUUCACCUGUAUCAUUGGUUGAACCGCGAACAGCUUUUGGCUCAGAGCACUACUGUCAAGUACUAUUAA